GGUGUCAUAUUUAUAUCCAAGGAAACAGAGAGAAACCUCAAUCCGAAACCAGAUAACAGCCUCCCUCUCUCACCAUCACGACACUCAUUCCGGCGCCAUCUCCGACGAAGUUCCGGCCAAUUCGCAAGCCUUCCGGCGACGACUUCACAAACAUGACGGGAGCACUAUGAGAACCACCCGCCGACCAUGUCAGUCUCCUACUCCGACUGCUUCUCCGACCUGCUCUGCGGCGAGGAUUCCGGUAGCCUUUUCGGGGACCAACUCCCGGAAUGCUCGUCGUCCGAUGUAGAAUCCCAGGCCGAUGCUGAGGAAUCGAUCGCCGGAUUCAUCGAAGGCGAGAGGAACUUCGUGCCGGGAAUCGAUUACGUCGAGAGGUUUCAGUCUCAGCCGCUAGACGCAUCCGCUCGCCAAGAAUCCGUCGCAUGGAUUCUCAAGGUUCAGGCCUACUUUGGAUUCCAGGCGUUGACGGCAUAUCUCGCCGUCAACUACUUAGAUCGCUUCCUCUAUUCUCGCCGCUUGCCGCAAAACAGUGGGUGGCCAUUGCAACUCCUAGCUGUUGCUUGCAUAUCGCUCGCUGCUAAGAUGGAGGAACUCCUGGUUCCUUCUCUUUUGGAGAUUCAGGUGGAAGGUGCAAAAUACGUAUUUGAACCAAGAACAGUCCGGAGGAUGGAACUUGUUGUGCUCAGUGUUCUUGAUUGGAGGCUUCGGUCCGUUACGCCUUUCAGUUUCAUCAGCUACUUCGCCUACAAGCUGGACUCUACCGGAGCUUACACUGGGUUUCUCAUUUCAAGGGCAACCCAAAUUGUCCUGUCCAAUAUUCAAGAGUCCAGUUUUCUGGAGUACUGGCCCUCAUGCAUUGCUGCCGCAACCAUUCUCUGCGCAUCUCAUGAUAUUCCAUGCUUCUCUCUUGUUAAUCCUGAACUUGCUGAAUCAUGGUGUGAAGGACUAAACAAGGAGAAAAUAUUCAGCUGCUAUCAGUUAAUGCAAGGAAUUGCUGUGGUUAAUAAUAACAGGGGAAGGAAGCGACCAAGAAUCUUGCCACAGCUCCGAGUGAUGACUCGGGCCACGAUCGGGUCGGGCGACUCGUCCUCCUCGUCUUCAUCAUCCCCUUACAAAAGGAGGAAAUUACUAAAUAACAGCUUGUGGGUAGAUGAUGACAAAGGAAGCUCUGAUUAAUAAGUGGAGAAAAAACAAUAAGGGGGGGGGAGGAGAGAAAAGUUGUCGAGAAUCCUCGAUAUUUUUUGGAGGGUUUUGAGAAAAGGAAAAAAAAAAUGAAAUUUUUUGACUGGAGUCCUGUAGAUUAUUAGUAUAUAUAGAUAUAGUAUAUCUCUGUGGGAGGGUUUGGAGAUUUGUUUAUUUUUAUUGGUGGGCAUUGCCAUUCAUUGCUGCUGGCUUUGCAGAUUCCCAAGGGAAGGGGAUUUGGUACAUAGUUUAAUUAAUCUAUUUUUGUGUGACAGUGUGAGAAAGUGAGCUGAAGAGAGAGAGAGAGAGAGAGGGGGGGAUUGAUUUUAAUAGUGGAGUCAUCGAGUGUGAGUGAUAGAAGUGGGGUGAUUGAAAUUCAAUGGCAGCAUAGAUUAUUGAGUAGAAGAGAGAGGAGAUGGUGGGGCCAAAACAUAUGGUUGGGCGGAGAAAAUAAAGGGCAGAGAAAAAAUCAAAGGGGGAAGUUGGCGGAAAAUAAGUGAUAAUUUUGGACUUUUGAAUUUCUGAGCUGUUUAAUUCAUUGGGGAUGGAAUUGUCAAGCUUUUCAAAUAGGCCUCAUCAUUGCCUCAAGUUCUCUCGAUUUGACGAGUGCUUAAUCAAUGCACCUGGAGAAUUUUUUACACAGAGGCUCGUGAUGUGUGAAGCCGGAGCAAAGAUCGUGCCGAGCAAUUCUCCGGAAGCAUAAAAUAAUUUCUCCCGUUUGACGACGGUAGAAAACUGCUUUGGGGAUAGCAAAAGGGAGGAGAGAAUAAGAUGGCUCCAUAUUACUGUAAGAUUGUUGGGUGGUACUCCACACGUGUGAUGUGUGCUUUUUUUGGCGGGAAUUUGCCUUUUCUUGUCCUAAUUAACUGGACUCUCUUUUAUUUUUUAUUUUUAUUUUGAGUGAUCUGGCACGCGUAAUGCUGGCUUACACGUGGGAAAUUCUUUUUCCUUGAUUUUUGGUUUUGUGAGUUUUCGACAAUGGCCGGAAUUCGGCCUAUAAAUAUACAAAGGGUCUUUGGGGCCUUUUUCACGCGUGUUGUUGUAUUGGAUACAUCAAUAGUAUAUACAACUUUUUUACAUA